AAUCUGGGCAGUGCUUACCUGCAGUGGCUCCUGGAAGCAGCAGCCCCAUCCCCUCUCCGGCUUCCAAGGUGAGGUGGGGCCACACAGCUCUGCACACUAGCCCAUCUGCAGCCACCGCUCCUGCAACUCCCAUUAGCUGUGGUUCCCCACCAGUGGGAGCUGCGGAGCCACCAACUGGGGCAGGGGUAGGAUGCAGAGCCUCCUGGCUGCUCCUGCUUCUGGGAGCUGUGUGGAGCUGCUGCAUGUGCAGAGCAGAGCAAGGCAAGCUCCCAACUCUGCUCCCUAGUGGGAGCUCAAGGCCCAUAUUAAAAUGUCCAACAGUAUGGAGCAGCCUGCGGGCUGUAGUUUACCCACCCCGAGCUAAAGGCAUAGGUGCUGGAAUUAGUGUGUGGAGGUGCUUGUGCACCCCCUGGCUUGAAGUGGUUUCCAUUAUAUUUUACUGCCUGGUUCAACAUCUGUGUGCACUACCACUUUAAUAAAUGUUCCAGCAUCCCUGCGUAGAAGAUCCACCUGAGAUCAGGGCUGCCAUGUAUUAGACAUUGUACCAGCAUGAAGUAAGAGAAGGUCCCUUCUCUGAAGAGCUUAUAACUAACCAGACAAGACAGACACUGGUGUGGGGGGAGAGGGGGGAGAGGAGGAGAUGUAAUUGGCAGCUGUGUCUUGAUCUACAAAACUUAUUUUAUGAUAUCUAAAUAAAAGCAAAGUAUGAAAAAAGGGAAUUAAUAGGCCUCACUUGAGGUCAAAUCCCACAAACACUCAUUCAAGUUGUUCAACUGACUUUCUUGGGACUAAGGGUUCAUAAGGUACUAAGUUAUAUAGCUACUUUUGUGAAACUAGUAACAAUCUUUUAAAAAAUUAACACUUCGCUUAUUGAAUGUAUUAAGGUCCCAAACCUGCAAACAUUUAUGCAUGCACUUGAAGUUAAUAGUGUUUGUAAGUGUUUGCAGGAUUGAGAUUUAAAGCAGCAGUAGUGACCUGAAAUUUCAUUACUCAUAAAAUAAUCAAUUAUUGGAACACAAUACAAUUACAACACAUCAGAUCAACUAUAAGCUCUAUAAUGGGCCUCAUUCCCUACCCUUUUGCAUCAUAUUGACUAGUAAUCCUGUUGCUAUUUUUCUCUCCUCUGUCUAUAGAUGGAAAAUGUUGGAGGACAUAGCAUUCCUCUGAUCUCAUUCCCAAUUUAAAUUGCUAAUUUAACUGGUGCUAACUAAUCUUUUCAGAGAUUCGAGCAGUUGAAAAUCUCAUAUUUAGGAGCUGCUCUGUAUUCUCUUACUGGACUGAAUUAUUUUGUUAAACAAAAAUAUUAAGAGAAUAAAAUAAUUUGUAUUUGGAAAAUUAUUGUGUUUGUCUUUUGGAAUCUUUUAAUUUCUCUCUAAAGAGAAAUAUAAAGGUUGCAAAAGUUUAGGUCAGAUAUCGCUAAGGAUAAGGGUGUAUUUUAAUUUAAUAAUCUAUUAAAAAGUUUGCACCUCUUAGGCAGAUUAGUCAGUGAAUUACUGUGUCAAACUUUAAUUAAGGCUAUUGAUAGCAGAAAUUUAUCAUCACUUAAACUGAUACUGAAUAGGAACCAUAUUUGUUGAAUUAUAUGUAUCUUUCCUAGAAUUAAAGAAAUGAUGACAAAUGAUUUAGACCAGUUUAUUGAAGAUCAAAAGACCAAACUGGCACAAGACAAAGCAGAACUUGAAAAUGAUCCUCCCUACAUGGAGAUAAGGAGCAAAGGUGCAGAGAAGCUUUCUGAGACCAGCAAAGUGUUAAUAUCCAUGGCUAAAGAAAAUAUACCACCUAACAGUCAACAGACCUAUCUUCUAGAUGAGCAUGGCUUGAGUUUGCCUCUUGGAGACGAAUAUGAAAGAAAGAAAUAUAAGCUAAAAGAGGAACUUCGACAAGAUUAUAGACGAUAUCUUUCUCAGGGUAUUUCACAAGCAAAAAGAAAGAAAAAUUAUCUGACAACUAAUGAAAUAGAUCCAUAUACAUUGGGGCUCUCUCUUCCUAUCGGUGAGAGGAAGUCAGCCAAGGAGAAACUACGGCUUGAAAGAAACAGGGAAUACAAUCAGUAUCUCAGGGACAAGGAAGAGUGGAAUGAAAGAUUAAGGAAAAUAGGAAAGAAAAACGCAGAGCAUGAGACAGAAAGAAGUAAGAAAACUACUGGUAUUUCUAGAGUUCAACCAGAACUACGUUCACAAAUACAACCCUCUUGUACAGAUUCAGAACCUCCCAAGAAAGAUGCUUUUACUUCCACAGAAGCUUAUGAAGAGCUACUAAAUCAGAGACGACUGGAGGAGGAUCGGUAUCGCAAACUAGAUGAUGAAGCUGAACUGAGAGAGAGACUGUUGCCCAAAAGACUUGAUGAAGAACUGGACAUUUCCAAUAGAAAGCAUCGCAGAUUUGAUAGCAAACGUGAUAUUUCUCCUAGAAGACAUCACAGAUUUGAUGAGGAUCAUGAUUUUGAUAGAAGAUACCACAAAUUAGACUAUGAUCCUGAAAUAAAUGAGGAAAUGGACCCUAGAUUUAGAUAUGAAAGUGACUAUGACAAAAAACCUCUGAGAGUGUUCCAUGCUGAAAGAAAUACAGCACAAAGUAAUUCUCCAAUAAAUGAACAGGCAAAGUCUGCCACUGGUAAAGAUGAUGUUCCAUAUGCAACAGGGCUCAUUCUUGGCAGUCAAGAUCGAGAAAUUAUUCAGAGGAAAAAAGAGAAAUACAGACAAGAGCUAAUGGAGCAGAUUGCUGAGCAACAGAAAAAUAAGAAACGUGAAAAGGAGCUUGAACUCUCAGUUGCUGCUUCUGGAGCUCUGGACCCAGAAAAGGAGCCUAACAGACUCAAGCAAUUUGGUUUGACAGCAAGAGCUUCUGAAGAGAAGGUACCACCUGAAAGGCCCAGAGUAGCCUUCCAAACUCCUGUACCUACUAUUUCACCAGUGAAUGAAGACUUCCAUAGAGGAUUAUCCAACACCCUUGGUGAAAUAGUGGCUCCCAGGAUUGCAUCACUGCCUCUACCUCAACCCCCAACUUUGACGGACAACUACAGAACUCCUUAUGAUGAUGCAUACUAUUUUUAUGGAGCUAGAAAUCCUUUAGAUCCUAGUCUUGCAUACUAUGGCACAGGAAUGAUGGGAAUACAGCCUGCACCUAAUAUUGAAGAUCUUCCAGGGAAAAUACCAGCAGAUCAGGCUGCGAACAUUGGACAGAGAAACACAAGUGAUAGACCAAAAGGACUAGGAAUAUUUCCUGAAGAAAAACCAAAGCCCUCUAAAGAGUCAUCUUUAUCUUACCAACAAGAAUUGCAACAGCAGAUAAGAGAAAGAGAAGAACGACGCAGACGAGAGAGAGAGGAAAAAGAACGUUACGAAGCCAAAUUAGAAGCUGAAAUGAGAAAUUACAAUCCUUGGGGAAAAGGUGGCGGUGGUGCUCCUCUCACAGAUGCAAAAGGAAAUCUGAUAACUGACUUGAAUAUGAUGCACAAGCAAAAUGAAGAUGCGUAUCAUAAUCCAGAGUCAAGACACUAUCAAGAUAAAAGGGGUCUUGUAUCGGUUGACCAAAGUUUUGCCUCCCCAAGACCUGGGAAUACAGGAGCAUCUACAAAUAAAAUAGCAGGUUACACAUUUACACAAACCUCUCCCUAUGCUCGAGGGAACAUAUUUGUCGAGCCACCAUCUGAACAACAGAUUAUGCGGCAAGAAGCAUACAAGAAUUUUCUCCGUUUGCAGAUUGAGGAAAAGAGACUCCGGGAAGAGGCAGAGCGUGAGAAAAUUAGAAUAGAAGAAGAAAAAGAAGAAAAGCGACUAGUUGAACAGAGACUCAAAAUUCAAAAAGAAUAUGAAGAAGAACAGGAAAAGAAAAAAAGGAAAGAGGAGGAGCAAAGAUUAAAAAAUGAAGAGCUAAUUCGAUUAACUGAAGAAAGGCGAAAAGAGGCUGAAAAAAAGAAGAAAGAAGAGGAAGAAAAACAGAAUGAACAACUUAGGCAAUAUUAUGAGCAAGAAAACAGCGGUGGGGAAGAGGUAGUGGCUCUGCAGGAGCCACCUCCCCCUGCACUACAAAAUGCUUUGCUGUCCCCCAAAGAGAGGCCUCCUACUGUUGAAAGCCAUAUAUCUUAUUACACAGAAGAUAUUCCACAAUCUAGGGUUCUGUCUCCUCCAGUCCCUGCUAGAAGAAACCAGUUGCGUGCAUAUGAGGAAAGAAAGAAUGUGAUAAAUGAGUUGUCAGAGAUGAGGAAACAGCUCCGAAGUGAAGAGCGACGACUUCAGGAACAAUUGCUCAAUGUUGCCAGUGAUGAUGACAUAGCCACUACUAGGAAAAGAGAAAAAAAUGUAAUGGAUGUAUUUGAGAUGGCCAGGCUUCGGAUGCAAGCUCCAGUCAGGCGACCUUCAUCAAAGGGUACAGCUGACCCUGUCAAUGUUCAGAAUAUCUGGGACUUCAAUGAACUUAAAUAUAGAGAUUCAGAAACACGAACAGAUGUGAAAUAUAUGUAUCCUGACCCUCCAAAAGAUGACCAAACCUUAGAUAUUCAACAGCAGGCAUUGCUAAGAGAGCAGCAGAAGCAACUUAACAGAAUGAAAAUGAGGAGAGCUGCAGAAGACUUUAAUCCAUCAAACAUGGGACUGUUCAGAAAUGAAUCCAAUGAAUUCUUGAAAAAUUCACAAUUGGAAUCUGACAGUGCUUUCAUUGGCACUAAUGGGGAGACCUUUCCAGCUUUAGAGGAAGUUAAUUUAUCUUCACAGCCACCACAAUCUGCAAGGGAGAGGCGACGAAUAAAAAAGAAAGCAAUGGAAUUUACUGAUGAUGUUCCUUUUAGCAAGUCACAGCCUGACACCUUCUCUUUGCACUCAAGCUCCAGUCUCAGAGUUGACCGGCUGAAAGCCAGGAAUGAAGAACGAUUAAGAAGACUGAAUGAAUUGCAGAAGAAAUCUGUUAACUUAGGUGACGAUAUUUCCCUGGGAGAUGCUGAUGACAUUUUGAAGCAGUUUCCAUCUAAAAGUGGCAGAAGGCCUACUUCUGUUGACACAGUAGCAACAGACCCCUGGCUGCGACCUGGAACAUCAGAGACCCUGGAAAGAUUUAUGUCUGGACAGUCAAAUCAGGCUAAACUGUCUUCUGAAAACACUUUACCUUUUAAUUGGCAGGGACUGUCAACUGCACAUGGUUGAAUAAAUCUAUAUUGAAACAAGCUGUGCCUUUAAUCAUAAGAAAGAAUGUAAAUCACUACUGCACUUUUAAAAUGUUCAGUUUAUUUUCUUGUAAGACUAGUCUUAUAUGUAAAUACUGUAAGCUAUAUGUAUAGGUGGUUUUUAAUUAAAAUGUUAAAGUAGCAGAAGCUGUAGACUGUAUAGGAUGUUUUAUUAAACCAAAGUAGGGAAGUGGAGGUUUUUUGCACUCUUUUCUAUAAGUUAAACUGGUCAGUAUGUUACAGAUAUUUCAAGACUUAGAUUUGAAGCUUGUGAGAGUAUAGCAUUAGCUAAGAGAGCUUUUAAUAUCAAAACAGAAUGAUUCUGCCAACAUACUAGAAUGAACAACAAAGCUGAAUUCAUUUUACUCUUGGUACUUGAAGUGAUUUUUACCUCAAAGCAGCAGGUAGCUAUCUAAAAACAGUGAUAAGAGAGGGUUAUAGCAGCCUGUAUAUGUUCAAUAUUCAAGUUACUGAAUCACUGUUGUGCAUCUACAUGGACAAAAGAUUUGUGUAAACAAUUGAUCAUUCCUGUUCCAGUUACUAACAGUUUGCUUUCUUUUCCCAAUCAAUCAGUUGUGUGCUAAAACACUAAUUAUACCUUUCUACUUCUUCCUGUUUGUGUUGAUAAUGUAGAUAUUGUUGAGUGAAUAUUGUUAAUAUUUUUAAUUUAUGGUUAUGAUUUCGAACAAUUGAUGAAAAUAAAUUAUUUUAUUACCCAAAGGUAAAGCUUUAGUCC